AUGGGCAGGAACAAACCAGCCGGCAGGCUUCUAUCAAGCGGCCGGCCCCCUACCCUAAAAAAAGCAAAGUCGAUCUCGCGCAAGGAAACCAGGACUCUCAUAAACACUCACCACACCUUACAGAAGAAACGCCAACAGGCACUGGCUCGAAACGAUCAAAGGGAAGCGGCAACGAUAGCCGAAGAAAUUUCUGCCCUCGGCGGACUCGAGGGGUACCAGCGAGCCAGUCUCCAGGGGCAGAGGGUCGACCGCGGAGGGGACAGCUCCCGAGUCCUGCUGGACUGGUUUCGAUCAGCCAAUAUUCAGCCCUCAGACUUUACCGGUAAUCUAACGGGCAAGAGCGACACCCAUCGCCGAUUGCGAAUGCUCGAGGUGGGGGCCCUCAGCACAGGCAACGCCUGCUCCAAGAGCGGCUUCUUCGACAUGGAGCUCAUUGACCUCAACAGCCAGCAGGCGGGCAUCCUACAACAGGAUUUCAUGGAACGACCCCUCCCCAAGGAUGAUUCCGAAAAAUUUGACAUCAUCUCACUCAGCUUGGUACUCAACUAUGUCCCGGACCACUCCCUGCGCGGACAGAUGCUUCUCCGCACGUUGUCGUUUCUCCGACAGUCGGAGGACGAUCUCUCAGAGAGCGCCCGCGCCCUGUUCCCCUCCUUAUUUAUCGUUCUUCCCCGAAGUUGCGUCUCCAACUCGCGCUACUUCUCGCAGGAUCGGCUUGUCGAGCUCAUGACGCUGUUGGGCUACGUUCAGCUCGAGGGUAAGGUCACUAACAAACUGGCCUAUUCCUUCUGGAAGAGACUGAACGCUCCAUGCUCGCCAUUGCCGGCAGUUGCCAAGAAGGAGCUUAACCCGGGUCCUAAUCGAAACAACUUUACCAUCACCCUCAGGGGAUCUUAA